AAGCCAAUUCAUUUUUGUUUUUUAUUAUUAAAUGCUGUUGGCGUUGUAGAUGAAAAUUGUUUCAGUAACAGUUGCUAAGCAAACAAAAGCUGGCCUGGAGUGAGUGGAGCGGAGCCACAGAUUGUUUCCCUCUUGUGCUCAAAGCGAUCCGUGAUCAGUGAAACUCACAAAACAUUUUAUCUUACCAUUAGAGUUCUCCUAAGUCAGCAAGUUUGGAGCUACUUUUAGCCUUUAGAUGUUUUGUGAAUGUGGUCCGGGUUUUCAAUGUUUCCUGAAACUGGUCUGUCCUGUCCGUGCUUCUUGCAGUUGUUUACAGUUACCUGAUACUCUCGUGAUCUGAGGGUGGGUGGUGCUCUGAGAGAAGAAAGUUAGAAAUUGCCUGAAAACAUCUUAGUUGACUGAUUUGCGUGGUUGUUGCCAUCAGGGCUGGAUAAUAUAUGUUUAGCUACUAUAAAGAUUGAAAGAUUCAAUAAGAUACAAUAAAGAUUGAAGUUCUGCUGUUCCUAAAGAUAAAGCUCAUACAAACAGAAUGCCAAAAUGUGAAUUUGGAAUUUGAAAGCAGUCUCAUUAUCAGGGAACGAGAUGCAGGUGUGUGUGUGAUCAGUGAUAGCAGGUGGAUGCGGGAUCAGUCCAGGAAUGAUGUAUCAUGGGAAUUGCAAAUCGUACCGGAAAGUCAGUAUUCGGGCGAGGACGCCCUCUGGUGGCCAGAGAGGGAGGUCAAGGAGUCUGUGAUCGUGACACCAGCAGAGGAGAUCAGAUUUAACAAGACCUGGUCAUUAGAAGAAAUCAUUCAAUGGAUCAACUCAAGCCCAGCUCAAUGCAGAUGGGGAGAUCUUCUCCAUGUCCCAGCCAUGAGUCUAUGAGCAGUGAAGAUUCAAUGGAUAAACCACCGAAUUUAAAAGAAUCCAGCUCAAUGCAGAUGGGGAGAUCUUCUCCAUGUCCCAGCCAUGAGUCCAUGAGCAGUGAAGAUUCAAUGGAUAAACCACCGAAUUUAAAAGAAUCCAGCUCUGUGCAGAUGGGGAGAUCUUCUCCAUGUCCCAGCCAUGAGUCCUCGAGGAGUGAACAUUCAAUGGAUAAACCAUUGGAUUUAAAAGAAUCCAGCUCAAUGCAGAUGGGGAGAUCUUCUCCAUGUCCCAGCCAUGAGUCCUCGAGAAGUGAACAUUCAAUGGAUAAACCAUUGGAUUUAAAAGAAUCCAGCUCAAUGCAGAUGGGGAGAUCUUCUCCAUGCCCCAGCUAUGAGUCCCAGAGAAGUGAACAUUCAAUGGAUAAACCAUUGGAUUUAAAAGUAUCCAGCUCAAUGCAGAUGGGGAGAUCUUCUCCAUGUCCCAGCUAUGAGUCCUCAAGGAGUGAACAUUCAAUAGAUAAACCAUUGGAUUUAAAAGAAUCCAGGAAUGCCUCACUCCUUGAUAAAUAUCGAGAUGCAUUCCAAUCAGAUCUGAGGAGCAGUUUUCAGUGUUUGCAUGAAGGGAUGUCAAAAAACAGUGCCCCCAUUCCUCUCAAUGAGAUUUACACUGAGCUCUUCAUCACAGAAUAUGAAGGUGGAGAGAUCAAUAAUGAACAUGAGAUCAGAUGGAUUGAAAAAGCUUCCAGGAAAGCCACAAUGGAGGACACCCCAAUCAACUGCAAUGACAUCUUCAAAUCCUUACCUGGACAAAACCAACCCAUCAGAGCUGUGCUGACCAAAGGAGUCGCUGGCAUUGGAAAAACAGUCUCUGUGCAGAAGUUCAUUCUAGACUGGGCUGAAGGGAAAGAGAAUCAGGACGUCUUCCUCAUAUUUCCACUUCCUUUCAGAGAGCUCAAUUUGAAAAAGGACAAACUCAGUCUUUCAGAUCUUCUCCAUGUUUUUUUCCCUAACACUAUGAAAAUGGACAUUUUCAGUGAUAAAUAUAAAGUGUUGUUCAUCUUUGAUGGUUUGGACGAGUGCCGUUUUCACUUAAAUUUUCACAGCAAUGAGAAUCUACGUGAUGCAACCAAAGAGACAUCAGUGGACGUGCUGCUGACGAACCUCAUUUUGGGGAAUCUGCUUCCCUCGGCUCUCAUCUGGAUCACCUCCAGACCAGCAGCAUCUGAUCUCAUCCCCUCUGAGUGUGUUGGUCGAGUGACAGAGGUACGAGGCUUCAAUGACCCACAGAAGGAGGAAUACUUCAGGAAGAAAAUCACUGAUCAGAGUCUGGCCAAUAAAAUCAUCUCACACUUGAAGUUAUCGAGGAGCCUCUACAUCAUGUGCCACAUCCCAGUGUUCUGCUGGAUCUCAGCCACUGUUCUAGAGAAGAUGAUGAGUGGAGCAGAGAGUGGAGAGAUUCCCAAGACUCUCACGCAAAUGUACACACACUUCCUGAUCCUUCAGACCAACAUCAAACGUGAGAAAGACUAUGAGAAGAAAUUAAAAGCUGAUGACAUGGUUUUUAAACUGGGUAAACUAGCUUUUCAGCAGCUGGAGAAACAUAAUCUGAUCUUCUAUGAGGAAGAUCUUAGAGAAGUUGGCAUUAGCGUGCAAGAAGCUGCAGUGUACUCAGGAUUGUGCACUCGGAUCUUCAGAGAAGAAUCAGGGCUGUUUCAGGGGAAAGUCUACUGCUUUGUUCAUCUGAGCAUCCAGGAACAUCUGGCAGCGUUAUAUGUGUACCUCUCCUUUGUGAAUCAAAACUCAAAUGAAUUAGACCAACCAAGUCUUUUAUUCAAAGUUCUGCUUUGUGCUGGCCAAAGUUCAAUAUUUGAACUCCAUCAGACAGCUGUGAAGAAAGCUCUGCAGAGUACCAAUGGACAUCUGGACCUUUUCCUUCGCUUCCUUCUGGGCUUUUCACUGGAGUCCAAUCAGACUCUCUUAGGAGAGCUACUUACACAGACAGAAGGCAGCUCUGACAACAAAGAGCGAACAGUUAGGUUCAUAAAGGGGAAGAUCAAAGAGAAUCCUUCUCCAGAGAAAUCGAUCAAUCUGUUCCACUGCCUGAGCGAACUGAAUGAUCAUUCCCUAGUAGAUGACAUCCAGCAUUAUCUAAAAUCAGGGUCAAGAAUAAAUACCACACUGACAGCCUCGCAGUGGUCAGCAAUGGUCUAUGUAUUGCUAACCUCAGGGCAAAAACUAGAUGUUUUUGAUUUAAAUGAAUACGUUGGGACACAUGUCUUGCCAGAUGAAAGUCUUCAAAGGCUACAGCCAGUGCUUGAAGCAUCCAGAACUGCAAUACUUUGUGAGCAUAACCUGACAUGGAAAGGCUAUACAACCUUAGGUUCUGUUCUCAGCUCAAAUACUUGCUGUCUGAAAGAGUUAAACCUGUCUAGGAGUGCUGUGAAUGAUUCAGGACUGAAGCUGCUCUGUGCUGGACUGGAAAAUCCUCAUUGUCAGUUGGAGAGGCUGAAGUUGGAGUUUUGUGGUGUUUCUGAUAGAGGUUGCACUUUUCUGGCUUUGGCUCUGAGAUUAAACCCCUCACAUUUGAAAGAGCUGGAUCUGUCUGGAAAUAGACUCGGUAACACUGGAUUGAAGAAUCUUUGUGCUGAAUUGCAGAAUCCUCACUGUAAACUAGAGAAACUGUGGAUGAGACUUUGUGGUGUUACAGAUGAAGAUUGUGCUGCUCUGGCUUUGGUUCUUAAAUCAAACACCUCACACCUGAGAGAACUGAAUCUAUCUGGGAAUAAACUGAAAGAUUUAGGAAUGAAGGUCCUUGCUGAUGGACUAGAGAAUCCUCACUGUAAACUGGAGAUACUGAGGUUGAGAGACUGUGGUUUCACAGAUAAAGGUUGUUCAGCUCUGGCCUCAGCUCUAAGAUCAAACCCCUCACAUCUGAGAUAUCUGGAUUUGUCUAGUAAUAAACUCACAAACCUUGGUGUAAAGAGGCUCUCUGUUGAAUUGGAACAUUCUGACUGUAAUCUUGAGAUAAUCAGGUUAACGAAUUGUGGCAUCACUGGUGAGGGCUGUGCUGCUCUGGCCGAAGCUUUGAAAUCAAAUCCUUCAAACCUGAGAGAGCUGGAUCUUGGUUGGAAUAAACUAGGUGACUCCGGUGUGCAGCAACUUUUUGUUGCAUUGGAAAAUCCAAACUGUAAAUUGGAAGUUCUGCGACUGAAAGGUUGCAACAUUGCAGAGGAAGGUUGUACUGCUCUGGCUUCAACAUUGAAAUCAAACCCGUCACACCUGAGAGAGCUGGAUCUGUCUCACAAUAAACCAAGAACCUUAGGGGUGAAAAUGCUCUGUACCGCUAUGGAAAAGCCGGACUGUAAACUUGAGAUACUGCGUUUGGAAUCUUGUGGUCUCACAGAUGAAGCUUGUGCUGUUCUGGCAUCAGCUCUAAGAUCGAACCCCUCACACCUUAGAGAGCUGGAUCUGAACAUGAACAAUCUAGUAGAUUCAACAAGGCAACUGUUGUCUGCUAUGAAGGAUGACCCAAACUUUAAACUGCAAAAACUACAACUGCAAAUGCAAACACUACAAUAUUAAUUACACCAUUAUUCUUAAAUGUCCAGUUUUUUAAAGAAAUAAGCUUUUGUUAUUCUUCUGUAGGUCUACUGAAAUUAUCCUUGCAUGUCUUAAAAUGUAAAGAGAUUGAUUAUGAGUCUUUGCACUGAGUUUUAUUUUGAUAAGUAGAUAAGUUGUCUCCACUCAACUUUAUCUUUGAUUAAGAAACACCAUCAGAUUUCCACAUUUUUCUUCAUGCUACAAGGCUACAGACAAAUCAUGAGAAAUGUAUGUGAAACUUGGACUAGGUGCAAGUUGUAUGUGAUUCUUCACAAUGGGAAGGAUACAUCAAGAAAAGACUGUAGCUAGCUAAAUAAUAUUGCACUUUACUGUUUACAAUACAUUUUGUUGUUUACCUUUUUAUGUUUCUGGUGCAGUAUUACUGUUUACUGGAAAUGCAAGCUACAUUGCAAACUGUUAAUUUGUCUGUAAAAGUUAAGCAGUUAUGGGUGUAAUGUUGCUUUAAAAAUCAUGUAUACAAAGCUGUUUGUCAACAGGCUAAAAUUAUGUUUGUGCAAAACAAGAGAAUAGUAGGUUACUUGGGUAACCCCGGUUCUCUGAUAACAUUAAGUGCAAGCGCAUAUGUUUAAAUGUUGUUUAAAUCUAUGUACCAAUACAUAAUUAAAAUGUAAGUACUCUGAAAAAGAAC